AUGUUGAACCGGCGAUUAACUAUCCACCUUCCUUUCUAUGCAAAUCAAACCUCAACUCCGUCGUGGAUUUGGCGUUACUUUUCCCCUAAAUCUCGAACCGGCUUAUUCUUCUAUAUAUCUCUAUUUAUACUUGCUACUCUAAUCAUGACAAUCAAAAUGAUAAAGCCAAAUACUUCCCAGUGCUUCACGCCUGUGUCUUUAGUGGGGGCUGAUCCUUUAAGCAAUUUAAACCACUUAAUCAUCAUAGCUGGACACGCUGUUUGGCUAGGAGGGUCUUCUCAAGGACAAGAAGAUAGCGAAUGGAUCUUGGAGCCUUACCAAAAAGGAGAAGGAAAAGUAUUUGCAAAUCAUAUUCAUAAAGGUCUGGAAUUGCUUGAGCAAGAUCAGUCUUCGCUUUUAGUCUUCUCCGGUGGACAGACUCGGCCAAACGCUGGUCCGUAUUCGGAAUCCCAAUCUUAUUACUUACUUUCCAAGUCUCUUAAUGAUAAUCCACUUUUAUUAUCACGUAGGACCACUGAAGAGUUCGCUCGAGAUAGUCUUGAAAAUGUGCUCUUUUCAGUUGCUAGGUUUCGUGAAGUCACCGGGCAUUAUCCGAAGAAAAUAACAGUUGUCUCCUUCGAGUUUAAAAAAGAAAGGUUUUUAAAUUUACACAGGGAGGCUAUUCGUUUUCCAAGCGAACAUUUUGACUUUGUCGGUAUAGAUCCCGAAGGCGGCGUCCCCCAAGCUAGCUACGAAGCAGAGAAAAAGUACGCCCUUCUUCCUUUUACUGAAGAUCCUUACGCUUGCGAAAAUACUUCUUUGGUGCGAAAAAGGAAAGAACGUAACCCUUAUCGAAGACAGCAUUCUUACCUUAUAACAUGUCCUGAACUAAUUCCUCUAAUUGAAUAUUGUCCUUCAGAUAAGUCAAAGUACUAUACAGGACAGUUACCUUGGUAA